GUAGACGUAAGCUUUAACGUAAGAAACGUAAACGUUUGCAAGUAAACAAUAACAAAUUCGAACUAAAAAUUCAUUUUUACAUUUUUUAAAAGCAUAGCAAGCUUAAGAAGAAUAUUUAUAUUACUGAACAUUUCACAAUGAGUGCCGCAUUCAAAUUAGCAAAGAAGAAAGUCAAUCAACAUGAUCUCAGAAGGAUCAUGCAAGAGCAGAAGUUAUCCAGAAACAGCGGAAAUUCCAAUGAGUCUAAAAUCGAUUCGCCUUUCGCCAAAUAUGACAAUGGACAACUUACUUGUCAACUCUGCAAAAGUGUUGUUCGAUCAGCAGCAGUUUGGAAAGUUCAUGUCAAUAGUAAGCAGCAUAAAGAGAAUCUUUCUCUUGCUAAACAGUUAAAAGAAAAGUUAGAAGCUAAGGAAACACCAGCGAUUGAAGAUCGUCUUGCUGCACUAAAGAGGAUGAGAUCAGUAACUGAAACUUCAGAGAAAAGACUCAAAACUCAAAACGAAUCCGUAGAUGGUUCGCAGAAAAUAAAAGAUUCCGUUACAUCACAGGCAACUUCAGCAAUUCCUGAUGACUUUUUCGAUUCUAAAAGUAAAAAUCAAUCAAACAAUAAACAAAGCUCAACAGCUUCCACUGCCAAUGAAUCUGAAGAUAAAAAUCAAAUUGAUGAGUCACUUCCAGAAGGGUUCUUCGAUGAUCCAGUUAAAGAUGCUAAAGCACGACAUGUUGAAGUAAGAGAUCAAGCUGCAGAGGAAUGGGAGAGGUUCCAAAGAGAAAUAAAGGAAGCCGAAGCUCUUUCGAUGAACAUCAUAAACGAAGAACAAGAAGAGGCAACUGCCGAACGUCAAAUCGAUGAAAUUGAUGCUCAAAUUAAGAAUUGGUCGAGGGUCCUCGAGUUAGAAAAGAAAAAAGAAAUAAUUGAAUCCAAGCUCAAACAGGGAAAACUUCAGAAUGUAGAAAAUCAAAUAACAUCGAUAGAUGAUGACGAUGACAUGGAAGAAGAAAUCCCAGAAUUUUUCGAUUGGAGAGCUAAGAAGAGUCAUAAAUAAUUUGUUUUAAAAAAUAAAUAAAAAAUUGAGAAGUUUAUUGAAAUAAA